AUGGCACUUAUACAAUUAGAUAUUGUUUUGAGUUCAAAAUCUGAUGGAAAUAUGGAAUCUCGGAACUCGGAUCUGCCGUAUGUAAGUUGCAACGAGUCAGCAUCACAAUAUCGAAUACUCGGAAACCACAACAAUUUAUUACAUACAAAAUAUGUAGAAUUCACAUUUCACAGGAAUACUCAAAAACAGCCGAAUCAACCGAUAGAGAUUACAGGAAUACAGGAUUCAGAAGCGGCCGAUGCGCGCCGAAGCGAUAACAAGAGUGCGGUAUCCAAUCAGUGUUGUGGUGUGAUUAAAAUAUAA